UAAACCCAUAUGGACAAAGUAAACCUUUUAACCUACAUUCUAGGCUCUAGACAGUCUAGAUGCAAUGUCAGAAAUAUCUCAAACGUCUGUGAAACUCCCCAUGCUAGACAUUUCUCAGGCAAUAUUGGACCCAUCUUCUCUAUCCUCUCUAGCUGAAGCCUUCAAAACAUGGGGCUUCUUCCACAUCACCAAUCACGGGAUCUCCAAAGAUCUUUUCAGAAAACUAUAUUCUCUGUCGAAUGACCUUUUCAGCCUCCCUUCUGAUACCAAACUCAAACUUGGCCCUUUGUCUUCUGCCAAAACUUAUACCCCUCACUUCAUAGCCUCUCCCUUCUUUGAAAGCCUCAGAGUUUCUGGCCCCAGGUUCUUUGAUUCUGCUCAAACUUCUGCGCAUGUUCUCUUUGACCAACACAACUCUGAAUUCAGUGAAAUAUUACAGGAAUAUGGGAGCAAGAUGGCGGAACUAUCAAAGAAAAUCGUAAGGAUUGCUUUGAUGAGCUUGGGGGAAGGAUUGGAGAAGAAACAUUACGAAUCUGAAUUCAAAAAGUGCCAUGGUUACUUGAGAGUGAACAACUACUCGACCCCUCCAGAAAGUUUGGAAGAUCAACAUCAAGAAGUUGGACUUGGAAUGCACACUGACAUGAGCUGUGUGACGAUUGUGUACCAAGACGAAAUCGGAGGGCUUCAAGUGAGAUCAAAGGAGGGAAAGUGGAUGGACAUAACUCCAUGUGAGGGGACCUUGGUGGUGAACAUAGGAGACAUGUUUCAAGCUUGGAGCAAUGAGAAUUUGAGGUCAUCAGAACAUAGAGUCAUUUUAAAGCAGCCGAAAAAUCGCUUUUCGAUGGCCUUUUGGUGUUUCGAGGAUGAGAAGGCGAUUUUUGCACCAGAAGAUGUGGUGGGAGAAGGUAAUGAGAGGAUCUACAAGCCAUUUGUUUGCUUGGAUUAUUUGAAGUUCAGAGAGAGCAAUGAGAGAGGGAAGUUUGAAAAAGUUGGGUUUACUGUGAGGGAUUUUGCUGGGAUUAAUCACCAAAUUACCAAAGGUGACAGUUAAAAACGAAUUCAAAGUCUCUCUUGUAAUAAAUUUAGCAAAAUUAGGAAUUGUAUUAUAUGAUAAUCUGGCUUUAAAAUAGUAAUGGUUGUGAUUAAAUUUGUAUGUGCCAAUGUGCUUGUGCUUAUUAGCAUUGUUUUUACACUAGUCCUUGUAUUUUAUCAUUAUUGUCCUUAUUAUAAGCAUGUUUAUUUU